AUGUUUAAAAAAGAUUUGUAUUACUUUCAAAUUAUAGUACCAGGUGUUAACUUAGCAUCUCCUCGUUUCGGUUGUUCACUAAUUGCUGGUGAAAAUGGAACAUAUCCACAUUUUUUUGUUGAACAUUCUCUUGAUUCGGAUGAAUUGAAUGUAAAUAAAUUGGAUAUUGAAUCUUUGAAGAUAAGUGAGGAUGUUAGUUCCAAUAUAGACUAUUCCGAGAGAAAUGUUAUUCCCGGUGAUGCUAACGAUGACAGUGACAUUAUUGAAGAUGAUGAUACAGACGAAGAACAGGACGAGAUUGACUGUAGAUCUCAUCAUUUCCAACAACAAAAUAAUGAUCAAACUCAGGCACCAACUAUGGACAUGAUGUCUGAUAUCUCAGGUCAUUUACUCAGUCUCCAUCAUGAUCAUGUUCAAUUACCUCGAAGUUCUUUACCAGAAAGCGUAGUUUGGGGCAUAAAUCAUACAGUUAACAAUAAUUCUUGGAGUUCUUUACAUUAUCCAGAUAAUAAUCAAGUAUGGUCAUCUAAUGCUCAAGAUCACAUUCAACAUAAUGGUUUAAAUGUUACUCCAUUUGACGGAACUAGCAUUUUAAAUACUCCAACAACGCCACGUACUACUAAUUGUGUGAAUGAUAAUAAACCAGCCCGUUGGAUUCAACCAUCUACAAGACAACGUGUUAGUCAGCAUAAACCACCACCACCGCAUUCAGAAUAUGAUGUAGUGCGUCAUUCGUUGAAUGAUCCCAAUGCUAAUAUUAUCAUUCGCUUGGGUAAACCUAGUAUUGUGAAUACUAUACGCAUGCAAUUAUGGGAUCAAGAUUUACGUUCUUAUUCAUAUAUUAUUGAUGUAUCAUUAGAUCAAUCCACUUGGCAUCGUAUUGUUGAUUAUCAAAAUUAUAUGUGUCGUUCAUGGCAAACAUUAUAUUUCCCAUCACGUGUUAUUCAUUUUAUUCGUAUUACAGGAACAAGAAAUACAUUUAAUCGAACAUUUCAUUUAAUUACAUUUAGAUGUUUUUAUAGUGAGAAAGUAUUUCAACAAAUAGAUGGAUUUAUGGUUCCUACAUUUAAUGUUGCAAAUGUCGAUCAUGGUGCUACUGUUCUAGAAGGUGUCAGCCGAAACAGGAAUGCACUAAUUGACGGUAAUAUUCGAAUGUACGAUUGGAAUUCUGGUUAUACAUGUCAUCAAUUAGGCAAUGGUGCUAUAGUAGUUCAACUAGCUCAGCCAUUCUUAUUACGUUCAAUGAGAUUUUUGCUAUGGGAUUUAGAUUCACGUACAUACUCUUAUUCUGUGUAUAUAUCAAAUGACCGUGUCGAUUGGAAACUUAUACGUGAUGCUUCUACAGAGCCAUGUCGUUCUUGGCAGAUAAUUAAAUUCCCGUUGCAGUUAGUAACAUUCAUUCGUGUUGUUGGCUCAUACAACACAGCUAAUGAUCUUCAACCAGUUAAAGGUAUUAUGCCAUCACCAUCUUCCAAUGUUAUUCGUGAGAAUAAUGUUCCAUUAUUAUCAAAUUACACUAAUCUAAAUGAAUUAAUCAAAUAUUUUUAUUUCAUUGCAUCAAAAUGUUAA